UGCGACGGCGCACCGUAGGUGUCAUGAGAAAGAUGGCGGCGGCCAGAGGAGCGUGAGGCUGUGGGGUGGCGCUGUGAGGUUUCCGUACAGCUCGAGCGUGCGGCUUCCUGUGCUGGGGUCUCUCACCGCGCGCGUGCUCCCAGUCCGCCGGCGCGAUGUGGCGGAGCUGCCUUAGGCUGCGGGACCGCGGGCGCCGCCUCCUAAAUUGUCCCCCUGCUGACCGUGCCGCCUCCUCCGCCAGGCUGGGGCUGGUCCCCCAGUGUCUGGCCCGGGCCUACGCGCCCCCGACAGAAAGGAAGAGGUUUUAUCAGAAUGUCAGCAUCACACAGGGUGAAGGUGGCUUUGAGAUAAACCUGGACCACAGAAAGCUGAAAACUCCCCAAGCCAAGCUCUUUACUGUCCCCACCGAGGCCCUGGCCAUUGCAGUGGCCACUGAAUGGGACUCCCAGCAUGAUACCAUCAAGUUCUACACCAUGCACUUGACCACAUUGUGCAACACAUCCUUGGACAACCCAACUCAGCGCAGCAAGGAUCAGGUGAUUCGGGCAGCUGUGAAGUUUCUGGACACUGACACCAUCUGCUACAGGGUAGAAGAGCCAGAGACAUUAGUCGAACUUCAAAAGAAUGAGUGGGAUCCAAUCAUAGAAUGGGCCGAGAAGAGAUACGGCGUAGAGAUUGAGUCCUCCACCAGCAUAAUGGGACCUAGCAUCCCUGCCAGGACUCGGGAGGUGCUCGUCAGCCACCUGGCAUCUUAUAAUAUGUGGGCUCUGCAAGGGAUUGAGUUUGUGGUGGCCCAGCUCAAGUCCCUGGUGUUAACCUUGGGCCUGAUUGACCUGCGCCUGACAGUGGAGCAGGCUGUGCUGCUGUCACGCUUGGAGGAGGAGUACCAGAUCCAGAAGUGGGGCAAUAUCGAAUGGGCCCAUGACUAUGAGCUACAGGAGCUACGGGCCCGCACUGCUGCUGGCACCCUCUUUGUCCACCUCUGCUCAGAGAAUACCACAGUGAAGCACAAGCACCUGCAGGAGUAAGGCCUACGUUGUGCAUGCCAGCUGGAUGGAUUCUGCACAGCCACAGCUUCCUUUCCCUGGGGCUUUACUGGUCUGUGGGGCCCCCCUGUCCUGUAGAGCUGCCGUGGCCUGCAACUGUGGGCCUCCCCUGACCUGCAGGGCUUGGCCUUGCACAGCAUUUCCCUGAGGUGCCUGUGAUACAGUGUGGCUGUCUAGUGGUCAGCCUGAUUCCAACCCAGGUACCCCUGGCCUGGCGAGCAUCAAAUGAGGGGGAUGAGUUGUACAAAUGACUUUCCCUUGACCCUUAUUUUAUUAAAUAUUUCUCUAUCCUGGAAAUGUGUCAA